AUGUGCCCACGUUGCAGUUGUGAGAAUGAAACUGGGGAUCACCUUUUGUUGGACUAUCCCUUCACGAGAGCAGUUUGGCCCGGAAGCUCUCUUCACUAUUCCCCUCCUUUGGAUUUUACUCCCACCGUUGCUGGCUGGUUAGGUAGCUGGGAUGUUGUGUUUCGACAAGAUAAAAGGUUGGGUCGUGAGGCACUGUCAAAGGCAGCCUUCUUGUGUUGGUAUCUGUGGAGAGCUCGUAAUGAGUUGUGCUUCAACUCUAUUUCCUGGACUCCCUCUGAAGUCAUCUCCUUCGCAGACAAGGCUUACUUGGAGUAUGCGAAGGUUGAGAAGCCAGCAGGUCAUUUAAAUUCUCCUCAAGUUGCAGGUAGAGACUCCGCCCCUCUAGUCUGGAUUGCACCUCUCUUGGGUUUUUUUAAAAUAAAUUGUGAUGUUGCUCUCCCGCAAGAAAAUGUAAAGGGGGGUCUGGGUUUGGUUUUGAGAGAUCAUGCUGGUGUUCCUAUGAAGUUUGUUUCCAUUCUCAUGUUCUUCGACUCAGCUCUUCAAGGAGAAUUGCUUGUUGUGCGCACUGCUUUGCGGUUGACUCUUGAGUUGGGUUUCUCGCAGAUUCAGGUUGAAACGGACUGUAGAGAAGCUGUGAAUUACAUGUUGAACCAAUCGGGUUCACCUCCUUGUAAUUCAGCUGUGCUGAUUAGUGACAUUUGGAAGCUCUCUUCUUCCUUUUCUUCUGUCUCCUUUCUUUUUAUCUCUAGGGCCACUAAUGGUGCUGCUGAUGCCCUAGCCAGGAAAGCCCUGUCAUUCGUGUGUUUGAUAGAUUGA